AUGGCUGCUGCUGUGGGUGUAAACAAGCAGGGGACCGCAGCAACGAUGGACGUCUGUGUCCGGCACGGCAGAGGGGCCACAAGUAGCACAGUGAAGGUUGGUUGAAUAUUUCAACGUCUAAAUAAGCAUAUAAACAACGUUUGGAGGGGAUAGGUCGUUUGCUCAAACUACCGACAAGGGCGCUCGGAUCGGGGGAACUCUCAAUUCUGCCUUUUUGUCUUCGCCGAAUUCGGAUGCUGCUGUUUUGCGGCCGGGGCGUCAACGCAGUGUCAAACGAUCGGCCUGCAUUUUUUGUUUGUCUGCGUAGACAAUAGACAUGCAAUCCAAAAAACCCAGAUGGUGAUUCUGUCUGUAAUCAAGUGCCAUGAUCACAGCUUUUUGUAUCAACCAUGUAACUGCUUGGGCUUGGAUGCAUAUUAGCAGCAUAGCGUGCUAACGUUAACGCGCUAGCUAUAGUAUAGCUAACUACUGUUGAUGCCCAGUCUAACGUUUGUUAACUUGCUACUGGCUUGCUACUUCUUUGUGUAGAACAUUCUGAGUGUGCAAUCGGAACAGUCAGUAGUUAGGUACUGUUGAUUCAGGAAUCACCCUCGUAAAAGGACAUUUAACACCGUCAUAAAAUUGUGCCGUUUUGCACGACAACGUCAAUGACAAUUGAGAUUUCGCACGCAGGCUAGUGUUGGCGCACUAGCUAGCUACGCACUUUAAUAACAAACCCUUAUGUGUAACCUGUGUGUCUUUUCAUCAACACUACACUACAGUAACCAAAGUAGUUCCAUGAGAAGCAAGAUGAAUUUGCCUACGGGAAACAUGACACACUCUAGCCUAAUGCAGCUUGUCAUCAUAGCUUAAGUUUUGACAUGGACAAUAAGGUAAUCCAUAUUCUUAAUCUCAGUCCAUGCAGAAAUUCAAUAUUGAAAUGAUAUGCAAUGACAAGGGGUCCAUCUAAGUAAACUCAACCUAUGUGUGUGGUUGACUCGACCUGUAUGUGUGUUGUCCCCAGGUGUUGGAGUGUGGGGUGUGUGAGGAUGUCUUCUCUCUCCAGGGGGACAAGGUCCCCCGGCUGCUGCUCUGCGGUCACACAGUCUGUCAUGACUGUCUGACCCGGCUGCCCCUGCAUGGUAGAGCCAUCCGCUGCCCCUUCGACAGACAGGUCACAGAGCUGGGUGAGUCCGUAGGGUUUAGUUCCUAUACAGGCCUAUUGUGUUCCUGUGUCAGUGAGCGUGAUUUUUUUUUUUGUCAUUUAGCAGACGCUCUUAUCCAGAGCGACUUACAGGAGCAAUUAGGGUUAAGUGCCUUGCUCAAGGGCACAUCGACAGAUUUUUCACCUAGUCGGCUCAGGGAUUAGCACCAGCAACUUUUUUUACUGGCACAACGCAAUUGGUUACUGGCACAACGCUCUUAACCACUAAGCUACCUGCCGCCCAUGUAACAUCCAUCACAAUAUAAGGUCUAACGUCUCACUUGUUUACUUGUAAGUUUUCAGUCUAUCGCCUCUGGGAAAUGUGUGAAUGAUUUGAUGAUGAAUUAAUGCUUUUUAUUGACUAAUUCUCUGUCUCUCUCUCACUCUGUCCCUCUUAGGGGACUCUGGUGUGUGGGGUCUGAAGAAGAACUUUGCCCUGCUGGAGCUUCUGGAGAGGCUGCAGAAUGGAGCGUCCAGCCAGUCGAGCAUGGCAGAGGACGCCCUCACAGGCAUAGGAGAGGUAGGCAGUAGUUACCCCCACCCUGGGUUCCCAUCUUGAGGUAGGCAGUAGUUACCCCCACCCUGGGUUCCCAUCUUGAGGUAGGCAGUAGUUACCCCCACCCUGGGUUCCCAUCUUGAGGUAGGCAGUAGUUACCCCCACCCUGGGUUCCCAUCUUGAGGUAGGCAGUAGUUACCCCCACCCUGGGUUCCCAUCUUGAGGUAGGCAGUAGUUACCCCCACCCUGGGUUCCCAUCUUGAGGUAGGCAGUAGUUACCCCCACCCUGGGUUCCCAUCUUGAGGUAGGCAGUAGUUACCCCCACCCUAGGUUCCCAUCUUGAGGUAGGCAGUAGUUACCCCCACCCUGGGUUCCCAUCUUGAGGUAGGCAGUAGUUACCCCCACCCUAGGUUCCCAUCUUGAGGUAGGCAGUAGUUACCCCCACCCUGGGUUCCCAUCUUGAGGUAGGCAGUAGUUACCCCCACCCUGGGUUCCCAUCUUGAGGUAGGCAGUAGUUACCCCCACCCUAGGUUCCCAUCUUGAGGUAGGCAGUAGUUACCCCCACCCUGGGUUCCCAUCUUGAGGUAGGCAGUAGUUACCCCCACCCUAGGUUCCCAUCUUGAGGUAGGCAGUAGUUACCCCCACCCUAGGUUCCCAUCUUGAGGUAGGCAGUAGUUACCCCCACCCUGGGUUCCCAUCUUGAGGUAGGCAGUAGUUACCCCCACCCUGGGUUCCCAUCUUGAGGUAGGCAGUAGUUACCCCCACCCUAGGUUCCCAUCUUGAGGUAGGCAGUAGUUACCCCCACCCUGGGUUCCCAUCUUGAGGUAGGCAGUAGUUACCCCCACCCUAGGUUCCCAUCUUGAGGUAGGCAGUAGUUACCCCCACCCUGGGUUCCCAUCUUGAGGUAGGCAGUAGUUACCCCCACCCUAGGUUCCCAUCUUGAGGUAGGCAGUAGUUACCCCCACCCUGGGUUCCCAUCUUGAGGUAGGCAGUAGUUACCCCCACCCUAGGUUCCCAUCUUGAGGUAGGCAGUAGUUACCCCCACCCUAGGUUCCCAUCUUGAGGUACGCAGUAGUUACCCCCACCCUAGGUUCCCAUCUUGAGGUAGGCAGUAGUUACCCCCACCCUAGGUUCCCAUCUUGAGGUAGGCAGUAGUUACCCCCACCCUAGGUUCCCAUCUUGAGGUAGGCAGUAGUUACCCCCACCCUAGGUUCCCAUCUUGAGGUAGGCAGUAGUUACCCCCACCCUGGGUUCCCAUCUUGAAGUAAGCAGUAGUUACCCCCACCCUGGGUUCCCAUCUUGAGGUAGGCAGUAGUUACCCCCACCCUGGGUUCCCAUCUUGAGGUAGGCAGUAGUUACCCCCAUCCUGGGUUCCCAUCUUGAGGUAGGCAGUAGUUACCCCCACCCUGGGUUCCCAUCUUGAGGUAGGCAGUAGUUACCCCCACCCUAGGUUCCCAUCUUGAGGUAGGCAGUAGUUACCCCCACCCUAGGUUCCCAUCUUGAAGUAAGCAGUAGUUACCCCCACCCUGGUUUCCCAUCUUGGGGUAGGCAGUAGUUACCCCCACCCUGGGUUCCCAUCUUGAGGUAGGCAGUAGUUACCCCCACCCUGGGUUCCCAUCUUGAGGUAGGCAGUAGUUACCCCCAUCCUGGGUUCCCAUCUUGAGGUAGGCAGUAGUUACCCCCACCCUGGUUUCCCAUCUUGAGGUAGGCAGUAGUUACCCCCACCCUGGGUUCCCAUCUUGAGGUAGGCAGUAGUUACCCCCACCCUGGGUUCCCAUCUUGAGGUAGGCUAUAGUUACCCCCACCCUGGGUUCCAAUCUUUCAUCUGCAGUUAUCUGAAAACACAGUGAGGAUAGGUGAAAGCUAUAUGGGAAUUUGCUUCGAUCUGCCUAGUUCUUUCACAUACAUCCUUCCAAUUGUCAAUGACACUUAAUGACAACGACACAUGAAAUGUAACACUAUCAUAUGUCCUCCCCCUCCCCUCCAGUCUAUAAUCCGCUGUGACGAGGACGAGAGCCACACGGCGUCUAUGUAUUGCACGGUGUGUGCCACCCACCUGUGUGCCGACUGCUCCCAGCUCACCCACUCCACCCGCACCCUGGCCAAGCACCGGCAGGUACCCCUGGCAGACAAGCCCCACGAGAAGACGCUGUGCCCGCAGCACCAGGUCCACGCCAUCGAGUUCGUCUGUCAGGAGGAGCUCUGCCAGCCUGGGCCGCUCAUGUGCUGCGUGUGCAAAGAGUACGGCAAGCACCAGGGACACAAGGUACGGAAGGCAGAGGAAGAUGAGUCAGCUGGGAGUAGCCUAUUGGUUGCUGUAUUUAUUGACUGACUGAGGUCAAGCUCUGAAGCAACAUUCCUAGCAACACUAGAGACAACAAGCAAAUCAGAAUAGCUAAAUUAAUGGUCACUUGUAAUGGUACUGGUUGGUAGUUCAGCUGGUAUGAUAUAGGGCCGUGACGAUACCAGUAUCGCAAUAUUUUUUCCAUGGCAAAAAUGAAAAUACAAAGCAGACCAAACUCUUUGGUCCUUUAAAAACCUGCUGUAUGUAAAAUAUUGUAUGCUAUACUGUAGCUUGGGAAUAAAUAAAUGUGACUCUGGAUGACAACAUAAUUAUGUUUGUUUUCAAUAUUAGGGCUGUUUUCCUAAAGAAGUUAAAUCCGCUUCGUGCUUUGUUUCCUUGCCACGAUACUAAUGAGGAUCGCGAUACUGGUAUCGUCCCGGCCCUACUAUGAUUGCAUAAAUUUCUCCUUGCUGAUUGCUUCCUUCCUGUAGCAUGCAGUUCUGGAGGCAGAAGCCAAUCAGAUCCGUGCGUCUAUCCUGGACAUGGCCCACUGUAUCCGGACGUUCACAGAGGAGGUGUCGGAGUAUUCCAGGAAGCUGGUUGGGAUCGUGCAGCAGAUCGAGGGAGGAGAACGGAUAGUGGAGGACAGCAUCGGCAUGGCGCACACUGAACAUGUAAUAACAGCUGGCUGUGGAUAAUGACCUUUUGCAUAAUAUACAACAGAUGAACUUUAGAUAUGAAAGUGGAUAGAUAGGAGAUAGAUGCAGUUGAGGUAUAAUCGCUGUAAAGCUGUUACUGUAUUUACAAAUUACGAUAGCUACAUCUCAAUGUCCUGGGAAACGUCAUUGUAUUUCCUUCCAAAAAGUCAUAACAUUGCUUAUGGUUUAUCAUGUAUUUAUAUUUCAGGAUGCUGUGUGUAAUCUGUGUAUUCCUGAUGGACUCAGUCGUCUGUGGGUGUUCCCCAGGUCCCAGGCACGGCAGAGAGUGCACGGUCCUGCGUACGGGCGUACUUCGCUGAUCUCCACGAGACGCUGUGCAGACAGGAGGAGAUGGCGCUCAGCGUAGUGGACGCCCACGUCAGGGAAAGGCUCAUCUGGCUCCGGCAACAGCAGGAAGACAUGACCGUCCUGCUGUCCCAGGUCUCCACAGCCUGCCUGCACUGCGAGAAGACACUGCAGCAGGUAGGAGCCAAAAUGGGCCACCGGUGGGCAUAGCAUCUCUAGAGCACACCGUAGGAACGCAAUCUCUGCUUGCACUGGAUGGUCCUGUCAUUUUCAAUAAGAACUACCAUUGUCUUCCCAAGGUCUUUUGUAUGGUCUGAAAUCAGGUAGGAAAAUCACAUUGGCAAAUUGAAUUGUAAGUCAUGACUGAUGUCUUCCUUGUCUCUCUCUGUAGGAUGACUGCAGAGUGGUCCUGGCCAAGCAGGAGAUCAACAGACUGUUGGAGACUCUACAGAAACAGCAGCAGCAGUUCACUGAGCUGGCUGACCACAUCCAGCUAGAUGCUGGUAUCCCCGUCACAUUCACCAAGGUACAGCACUCUGCUCUACUCUGUAGGAAUACAAAACUUGAUACACUCUCCAUUGAAAAAUAAUUAGUAACUUCAUUUAGACUACAUUGUUUUCUCUGUUCCAGGACAACCGGGUCCACAUUGGCCCUAAAAUGGAGAUCCGGGUGGUAACCCUGGGUUUGGAUGGUGCCGGGAAAACCACCAUCCUUUUCAAGCUGAAACAGGAUGAGUUUAUGCAGCCCAUCCCUACCAUAGGUAAACCCACAACAGUGUCUGUCAUGUAGGCAAGUGUGAAAUUGUACAUUUUUACAUUAAAAUGUACCUUAAUUGUAUUGACACUAGCCACUCAUCCUCUUCAUCUGUAGGUUUUAAUGUAGAGACAGUGGAGUAUAAGAAUCUCAAGUUCACCAUCUGGGACGUUGGUGGGAAACAUAAGCUACGGCCUCUCUGGAAGCACUAUUACCUGAACACACAAGGUAUCUGUUGACCUCUUUCUUUCAUAUUACCUGCUUCCCUUACAUGUACUGUACACUGAGUAUACCAAACAUUAGGAACACUUUCCUGCUAUUGAGUUGCCCUCAGAACAGCCUCAAUUCGUCGGGGCAUAGAUUCUACAAGGUGUCGAAAGUGUUCCACAGGGAUGCUGGCCCAUGUUGACUCCGAUGCUUCUCACAGUUUUUGUCUUGCCCAUUCACCCUCUGAAUAUCGCACAUACACAAUCCAUGUAUGUUGUCUCAAGGCUAAAAAAAUCCUUCUUUAACCUGUCUCCUUCCCUUCAUCUACACUGAUUGAAGUGGAUUUAACAAGGGACAUCAAUAACGGAUCAUAGCGUUCACCUGGAUUCACCUGGUUUCACCUGGUUAGUCUGUCAUGGAAAGAGCAGGUGUUCCUAAUGUUUUGUACACUCAUAUAUCAAUAACUAUGACAAAUCUACUGAUUUUGAAAAGAGAGAAUUUGAAAAUGUUAUACAGAGACAAUUUGAGUGAAUAGGGCCCUGACUUAUUUUUUCUGUCUCCUCUCGCUCUCCAGCGGUGGUGUUUGUGAUUGACAGCUGUCACAGGGACAGGCUGAUGGAGGCCCACAGUGAACUGGCCAAACUGCUGACCGAGAAGGAGCUGAGAGACGCCCUGCUGCUCAUCUUCACCAACAAACAGGUAUACACACAUACACAGCCCCCUGGUCCAAGAAACAGGUAUACACACAUACACAGCCCCCUGGUCCAAGAAACGGGUAUACACACAUACACAGCCCCCUGGUCCAAUAAACAGGUAUACACACAUACACAGCCCCCUGGUCCAAGAAACAGGUAUACACACAUACACAGCCCCCUGGUCCAAGAAACAGGUAUACACACAUACACAGCCCCCUGGUCCAAGAAACAGGUAUACACACGCACAUUGAUUGAUUAGCCCAGGGGUUUAGAGUGUUGGGCCAGUAACCCCUGAGCUUGCUAGGUGAAAAAUAUGUCUAUGAGCAAGGCACUUAACCCUAAUUGUUCCUGUAAGUCGCUCUGGAUAAGAGCGUCUGCUAAAUGACUAAAAUGUAAAAAUGUUGAUUGGCUGAUUAACUCAUUGAUUCCUCUAUCCUCACCUGCAGGAUGUCCCUGGGGCUGUGUCGGUGGAGGAGAUGACAGAGCUGCUGAGUCUCCACAAGCUGUGCUGUGGGAGGAGCUGGCACAUCCAGGGAUGUGACGCCCGCAGUGGCACGGGGCUCCACGAGGGCCUGGACUGGCUGUCCCGACAGCUGGUGGCUGCAGGCGUACUGGACGUGGCCUAG